AGUCCGCUGUGCCGCGCGUCGGUGGUACACGCAACCGCGGGGUGCGAUCGAAAACUGGUUCCCGUGAACUUGCGCAAAUUCUCUGGACCACGUCUUGAGCGGUACGCCUUAUAGCGGAUUCGCAGAAACGCAUAUUCUUUUACGACGGGAAAGUGCCCGAAGAAGGAAAAUUACAGAAAGUAUUUGGCACUUUUUCAUUCGGCAUGCUUUUGUGCGUAUCUUAAGUGUACCUCUUUCAGUUUUAACUGAAAGCUACAAAAACCGUACAAUCCAACGGAAUAAACUUCUUGAAUUGGAUCAUCGUUUUACAGCAAUGAUUUUGAAAGUACGUAUCGUAUUAAGUAUCUUAAGCGUUAUACGUGCAAUAUUUCGUCCGAUCUUGUUGUUUCUCUACAAGAAACCGCCAAGUAUACCACCGAUAACUCAUUCCAUAUACACGCUGAGUGCGACGAAGCUCGCUAAGAAGAUUAGACAGAGAGAGAUUACGAGCUACGAAGUGGUGCAAGCGUAUGUAACGCGCAUUAAACAAGUGAACCCUUUCUUAAACGCUGUCGUCGACGAACGAUUUUUCGCCGCGAUAUUCGAGGCGAAAGAUCAUGAUGAACAAUUGAAAGCGGGCAAAUUCGAUAUUGAAACUUUAGAAAAAGAAAAGCCGCUGUAUGGCGUACCAAUUACUGUCAAGGAAUGUUGUGCCGUAAAAGGUUGCAGUCAUACGAGUGGCACUUUGCCUCGCAAAGGGAUAAAGGCGGAUCACGAUGCCGAGGUCGUCGAGAUGCUCCGAAAUGCUGGCGCGAUACCAUUGUGCGUCACGAACACGCCAGAGAUGUGCGCUGGCUUCGACAGCAACAAUUUACUGUACGGCCGCACCUGUAAUCCUUACGACACUAGGUUUUCGCCCGGUGGAUCAUCUGGUGGAGAGGGUGCAUUGCUCGGAGCAGGUGCUUCCGUGAUCGGAGUUGGUUCGGACUUGGCUGGCUCUAUAAGAGUACCUGCUUUUUUGAACGGCGUUUUCGGACACAAACCCACGUCUGGACUCAUUUCAAAUAUUGGGCACUUACCAUACACCGAGGACAAAUACUUUCAAAAGACCUUGACCAUCGGCCCGAUGACUAGAUACGCCGAAGAUCUCGGUUUGCUCAUGAGAGUGAUGACACUGAAAUGCAAUCGCGAUCUGCGUUUAGAUGUGCCGGUGGACUUGAAGCAAAUGAAGAUCUACUAUCGGCAAAAUUUGGACAGAACUUUCGGCGCAUUGCCGAUGUUGCCGGAAAUUGAGACAUGCGUCCUAAAAGCCGCUAAUCAUUUCGCGCGGUACGGCAUUCGCGCGGAGAAGUUACCAAUAGAAUGGCCCACGACAAUUAUCGAAAUUGCGAUAACGGGUUACUUGAACAUGAAGGAGCCCCCUCAACUGCUGAUAGACGCGAACAAUCUCAAGAACCGGAAAAAUUCAAGCGUCGAAAUGAUGAAAGCUCUAUUCGGUCUGUCGCAAUACACGAAGCAGAUGAUACUGUACGCUAUACCGCUUGAGACACAUUUUCCGUUCACGGACUCGGAGGUAUCGCAAUACACGAAGCUGGCGGAUGAGAUUCGUCAGAAGUUGCUAGACCUUUUGGGGGACAAUGGAGUAUUUAUUUACCCGACAUACCGAAAUUCGUUGAUGUCACAGCUUGUGACGUGCGAAAUCUCUACCAUUGCGUACUGCGCCAUUUUCAACAUUAUGAACUUUCCCGCGGUGCACGUGCCGAUGGGGCUCAACCGCGAGGGGAUGCCCAUAGGCGUUCAGGUCAUAGCCGCGCCUUAUCAAGAUCGUCUCUGUUUAGCGGUUGCGAAAGAGCUGGAGAUGGCCUUCGGUGGCUGGGUGCCACCGUCAUCAUCGAUGAGGGAUUAAGUGCCUGAAGGUUUUUAAUUUGUGUUUUUUGUAAAUAAAUUAAAUCAAGCUAGGGAGGGGGGGGGGGUUGGUAUCUUUUUGUUGCUACAAAGGCAAAUGAUGGAAAUAGACAAUCCCAUAAUCAUAACGAUCUCUUUUAGUAAUCACUCUUAUUAUAGAAUAUUUCCACAUAGAUCUGAAAAUACGAUAUUUUCAAAUAAAAUGUAUACAUUCCUUUGUUGCUGAAGGUUUAUUAAUAUGUAAAUAUAAAUAUUUAUAUUAAUAUCAUCGCAUUGUAUAAUUAUUCAUAUAUGCGUAGCAACCACAUGUGGAUUCUAAUAGAUCACCCGGAUGAGAUCACUAUCGCUUUACAACUAUUGCUCAGCAUAAAAAUCUUUGCGAAAUUUAACUCGACAUUAUUAUCACUGCGUUCACAAUCAUUAUUUAUUAAUUUAUUCGCGCACAGUAACAGUAUAAAUUGUUCAUGUCUGUUCUACAUUCUUUAUUAUUCCUAUUCUGAAUAACUUAUUUUAUUAUUAAAUAUCAUCAUUACCAGCGUAAACUCUUGCAGAGUAUCAAGAUUACUUUUAUAGCUUGCAAAUGUAGGCUAACAACGCGUAAGGAAC